AUGAAGAGCUGUAGGUGGCUGGGGGGCGCAAUUCUGGCUAGGGGCGCGCGCUCUGGCUGGGGCGCGCGGUUCUGGCUAGGGGCGCGCGCUGCUCUGGCUGGGGCGCGCUCUGCUCUAGCAGGGGCGCGCGAAGCUCUGGCUGGGGCGGCUAGGAGGGAGGGCACCCUACGGAGCCCGGCCCCUCCCACUGUCGUGCCCUCCCCCUGCCCGUCGCGUCGCCCCCCCCCUCCCCUUCCCCUGCCCGUCGCGUCGCCUCCUCUCCCCCUGCCCGUCGCGUCGCCUCCCCUCCUCCUGCCCGUCGCGUUCGCCUCCCCUUCCCCUGCCCGUCGCGUCGCCUCCCUUCCCCCUGCCCGUCGCGUCGCCUCCCCUCCUCCUGCCCGUCGCGUUCGCCUCCCAUUCCCCUGCCCGUCGCGUCGCCCUCCCAUCCCCGCCCCUGUCCUACCGUCGCGCCCUCCUCCUCGCCCCUUCUCACCGUUGCGCCCUCCGCCCUACCCCUUCCUACCGUCACGCACCCUCCUCCCCGCCCUCUCCUAA